AUGUCCGCGCGACUCCCGUCCAUCUUCUCGCGCCUCUGGCACCAAGUGAGGGAGAUCCCCGACGUCAAGGUGAAUUUGUUACGGGCCAGCGAGCUCGGCUCCUACGCGCGGGCCGUGAUCCCGGGCUGGGUCCUGCCGCUGGGAAUGAUCGGCGGCUGGCUCGUCUUUCCGGCCCUCACGCAGUCCUUCAAGACGGAAGUGCUGGGCUUCAAGGCGCCGCCCUCGGGCACGAAGUUCGCCUUCGAGAAGGAGGCCGUCGGCGAGAACGUCGAGAUGACCGAGGGGAGCGUGAAGUAG